AUGUCUAGUGAAGAAAGUUUAGAAGCAAGGCAAAAUAACGAGUUUGAAGCCAUACAGUCUAUUUAUGAAACAAAUCUAAUAGAUUUAAGAAAACAAUUGCCAUGGAAUCAAUGGGCCCCCUUAAAUUUAUCAUUAACUUUAUUUCCCCAAAAGGGCAACUCUGGAAUACACGAAAAUCAUGUUCAAGUCGAUUUACAUGUUAAAUGUCCCAAAAAUUAUCCAAAUGUGAUACCAAACAUAAAACUGGAAAACGGGAAAGGUUUAUCAAAUGCUGUUCUUACUGAGCUACAAGAAGAACUAACGCAAGAAGCUACACUACUAAUAGGGGAGGAAAUGAUUUUUCAAUUGGCUCAAUAUGUGGAACAAUUUUUACACAAACACAACAAACCCAGCUCUAAGAGUUUUUAUGAAGAAAUGCUACAAAGGCAAAAAGAGCAGGAGGAAAAAGAAAAUGAAGCCAAAACCAUUGAGCAGAACAGACAGAGACAAUAUUUUAUUGAAGAGGUUCAAAAACGACAGGAGAUUUUAAAAACCGAAUCCAAAUUACGAAGAGAUAGUAGAUAUAGCAUUGACAAUUUGUCGGACGACGGCUUUGAUGGUAACAAGCAUUCAUCAUUAAACAGUGAUGAGUCGAUAUGUCUACAUCAACAUACAUCUACCAUUAAUUUUGAUGCGAGGGAAAUACAAAGAGGAAAAUGUUUAAAACAUUCCACACCCAAUCAUGUUAUUUUCAGCGGUAUAGAUAAAGAAUCUGGAGAAAUGGUCCAAAUAAGCGAAUGGUCUAUAAGCAUAAAAAAUAAAAACGAUAUUUCUGUGAUUGAGCGCCAGAUUUCCGGCAUCGAGCAAGAAUUGGGUUAUUUAGUUAGGCUAAAACAUCCCAACAUUGCUCAAUACCAGAACAUAAAACACGAGUUGUUUGCAGAAGAAAAUAAAUUUGUGUUGCAUGUUGUUCAAGAAUUUAUUUUUGGUUCAAGCUGUAAUACUUUGUUUACAAGACAGAAUAUAAAAGUAAAUGUUGAUUUAUUAAAGUAUAUUGCUAAAGGAGUUUUAUGUGCUAUUGAUUAUUUACAUAGGAAUAAUGUUGUACAUAGGAACUUAUCAGACACUUGCGUUUAUCUAAGUAGCAAAGGUGUAAAGUUAUCAAAGUACAGCAUACAAAAAAGAAUAUCGGAUCUUAUCGCACAAUCUCACACAACCUAUGGAAAAAAGACUGAUAUUUAUGACUACGGUUUAUUUCUUAUAACACUGCUCAAGGGCUCGAAAAUCGAAGAUGAAAAUUUCGAUAUUCCGAAUUCCAUACCAUCCGAUUUAUACGACCUCUUGCAAAGAUGUCUGGCCAAAGAGGAAAAAGAACGGUUCACAACCACACAGCUGUUAAACCAUUCCUUUUUCCGAAAGGCCGUUGUGCAUUUUCCACCGAACCAUCGUCUGGAGGAAAUAGUCCAAGAAAAUAACGCGCCCGAAAUUGUAAAUUACGAGAUCAGUCCUCCCCAAUCGAACGGUCAAAGCCGAAUAAACAACGAGUUCGAGUUUCUUCAGCAUCUAGGAAAAGGAGCUUUUGGCGACGUCAUCAAAGUGAGGAACAAGUUGGAUGGUGGCAAUUAUGCCAUAAAGCGUAUUAAAUUGAACCCCAAAAAUAAACAGCUCAACAAGAAGAUAGUCAGGGAGGUAAAGUUGCUGUCCAGAUUGAACCAUGAGAAUGUCGUGAGGUAUUACAACUCUUGGAUCGAAACCACCACAAUCAAAAGCGACGAUACCGAUUCUUCCGAAAACACCUUUUCGGAAAAACUCGAUUUCAACGUUCCUCGAAUCGUAAAAAAAGACGAAUUCACCAUAAAUGACAACAUAGAAGAUCUUGCGCCACCAAUAAAAAACGUGGAAGUUUCAGUAACGUAUGACAGUAAGUCGCAAAGAGUGUUCGAUUCUUCUGAUGAUGAAUCCAGCGAUGAUGAAGGAAUUUGGGCCGCCUAUGACAAUUCGGAUUCCGACGGCAUUGAGUUUGAGCACAACUCCUCGGAAUCUCCGUCCAAAAUUUCGUCUUGUUCGUCACAAAAUGUGAUCGCAACGGAUCCCACUGAAGAAAAUGUCACACAAAUCGAUUUCAUGUACAUUCAAAUGGAGUUUUGCGAAAAAAGCACCUUACGACACGCCAUUGAUGACGAUUUGUAUGUGGACGAGGACAGAGUGCGGAGAUUAUUCAGGGAAAUUGUGGAAGGUUUGGCUCACAUCCACCAGCAAGGGAUGAUACACAGAGAUCUGAAACCCGUGAACAUUUUCUUGGACUCUGAGGACCACGUUAAGAUAGGAGACUUCGGUCUGGCAACGACCGACAUAAAGUCCCGCCAAAACGAACAUUUCACCGCCAAAAGCCCGAUCGAGAGCGACAGGGACAGAGACAACACCGCGGACGAAAGUAAAACGGGGGCUGUAGGUACCGCCCUCUACGUGGCUCCCGAGAUAAGUUUGGCCUCGAAGGCUAUUUACAACCAAAAGGUCGAUAUUUACAGCUUGGGCGUCAUUUUGUUCGAAAUGUGCUUCAAACCUCUCGAUACUUCUAUGGAGAGAAUUAAGAUUCUUACCGGGCUGAGGUCCAAGGAAAUAACGUUCCCUGAGGAGUUUUUGAAGAAGAAAAAUGAAAAGCAGGAAACUCUUAUAAAAUUACUUUUAACGCACGACAUAACAAAAAGACCGACCUCCUUGGAACUGCUUCAGUCUGAUUACAUUCCACCGCCGGUUUUAGAAGAAAGGGAACUAAGAGAGCUGGUUAGGCACACCCUGAGCAACCCCCAAUUAAAAGGGUACAAGUACUUGAUAGCCUCGUGUUUUCAACAAUCCGUGACGCCUGCGCAAGACAUCACAUACGACAAGGAUCCCACUUCGUCGCACAAUUCGAAACCGUUUCAGAUAUACGAUUUUGUAAGGCAGGCGUGUGUUAAAAUUUUUAAACAACAUGGCGGGCACAAUUUGGCAACUCCUUUACUAAUGCCCAAGAGCAAGUAUUAUGAAAAUUUGGAUUUAUGUGUAAAAUUGAUGACGCAUUUUGGAAGCAUAGUUACUUUGCCACAUGAUCUCAGGGUGCCUUUUGCAAGGUACAUAGCAUGGAAUGGCAUUCAACAGUUUCGAAGAUACUCGAUAGAAAGAGUCUACAGGGAAAGAAAAGUUUUUGGAUUUUUACCCAGGGAAUUAUAUGAGUGUGCGUUUGACAUAGUCAGUCCCACUUCCGGUAAUUUAAUGUCGGAUGGAGAAAUAUUGUACUUGGUGUACGAAAUAAUAAACGAAAUUUCGUGCUUAAAAAAUACGUUUAAAAUACGUUUAAACCACACUUCUCUAUUGAAGGCGAUAUUAUUGCAUUGUGGAGUCAGGGACAACCAUGCAGAAGUAUUCAAUGUUUUGUCUGGAAUUAAGGAGAGUAAAAUUUCAAAAACGCAAAUGCAGGAUUACCUGAUAACUUUAGGAUUAUCCGACAAUUCCAUAUCUCUGUUUAUAAACCUAACAAAUCAAGAGUUCGACAUCAGUAAAAUAACGAACCAAUUCCAAAUGAUUUUGAAAAAAAAAUCUGGGGAAGCUAGUCAAUUGGCCAAACAGGCCAUCCAAGAUUUAAAACAAAUCGCGCAAAAUGCUGAAGCAUUUGGAGUCACUUUUGACAUAAUAAUAAGCCCGGGCUUGUUCUACAACAUCCAGCAGUACUCGGGCAUGAUUUGCCAGUUCGUUUGCGAAAUAAAAAAGAAGCACAAGCACUCGCUGGAGGUGCUGGCGGCAGGCGGCAGGUACGACUCGAUGAUCGCCACCCAUCGCAACAUAAUGCUGCAAGCCAACAUGCUGGACAAGGACGUGCACCAAUCGGCCGUGGGCGUGUCCAUUUCGUUGGACAAACUGGUGCAAGCGAUUCAGCGGGAAAGCGGCGACGAAGUUACGGUACCUGAUCACUUGGACGUGGCGGUUUGCUCCAUCGGAACCAAACCGAUGCUGAAGGAGAAGGCAAAAAUUUUAAAAAGCCUUUGGGCGGGCGGUAUUAGAUGUUUUCUGAUUGAAUCCACGAAUCUUGAAGAAAUACACGAGGAAGUCAACGAAUUGAAAGUGCCACAUAUUGUGAUCUUAAAAGAUAACGAACAAGGUGUCGUAUUGCUGCAAAGUUGGGAAAGAGAUAGACUGCAAGAGUCCAUUAUAGCUACCUCAAAGCUGGUGAAGGAGCUCCAGCAAACUUUGAAAGUUUGGCAGGAUAAAGGCCACGAGAACAAUCAGUGCGUGCCAAUUUGCAGAUCUGAAAGUAAAGUUUCAUAUAGCGAAAGUUUGCAAGAACCGACAGUGGACGUCCUAUUUGUUACCGAAGAAAAAUUGUCUUCCAACGCUAGAAAAAGAUACGAUAACCAGAUAAGGUCCCACCUGGAAAACUUAUUUACAAAACUUACAGGUUACAUAGUUGUAAUAGGUCUCUCCUUUGACGCCAAUGUUAUCCGCACUUUGGCGUCGUUUUUGGAAUUUGACAGCGAGCCCAGGUUCCAAGAUUCUGUAACUGCGGUCAUAGAAAAGCACCAGAGACACAAAAGGUUCCUAAGCGAAGUUUGCGACGAACUGUACAAACACAGGGCGAAAAGGACCAAUCCUUCAAUUGUUUUGUUCAGUAUAACCGAUUAUUUUUAUAAAGUGAUAGUUUAA